AUGAAUACACCUGAGGACGCUAUUAAUACUAUUUACCACUUUGAGGAUGCUCCCAUAGAAUCCGGCAAUCUCUCUACUUGGUCAUCAAAUGAACGUACUGCGGGAUUUACUUUGCAUCCAUAUACCCUCAGAGGAUCUACUUUUAUUACAAGCAAGCAGUCGACUUUAGAUGAUGCAAAAUCUUCAGGCCCUUUUGAAGAAGCAGAAGGAAACAUUUAUGAAAUUCAACAACCUUCUCCGCUGAUUGAGCCUACAGAAUUAUUGAUUUCAUGGUACGAAUUGUGGGAAGAAUUGCAAGACGUUUCUUUGAAGCCUACCAUGAAUGAUGAAUUGAACCAAUUGGUACUCGUUCAGUUUUAUGGAAAAAUUAGCUCUUUAUUUCGAUCAAAGAUUAAUCAAGUCUUAGAAUGCUUUCAAACCCAAAUUAACAAUGGACAGAAAGAGCUCCAGCCUUCUCUGGAUACUCUCUGGGAAAUUGAAUCUGCAUGGCGUUGCGCGGAGGCAAUUUAUUUUCCUUCUUCCUCUCCAUACACUCUAGCAACAGCUAUCAUGGACUGGGUUAACUCUUACGACCCUCAACCCAUAGCUGAAGAUGGACUGGAAAUCAUGACCUACCGUAUUCCUUUUCAACACCCUUCCUUUUGGUUUUAUGUGAACAAGACUGCAAUCCGCGGCCUAUUUCAACAAACUAUUUCUUGUUUAGAGUCUUCAGCAUUGGUCAAGGAAUUACCUACUCUGGAAAACACGAUAAGUGAUCUUGUAGAUAUUUUGAAGUAUUGCCCAUGCCUGCAUCAAAAGUCCAUUCGAUCAACCUUUGAUUUUGAGAAACGAUGGAAAGUUUGGCGUUCGCGGAUAGCACAUCUCCGUCAAACUAUAAUGAAUCGUGGUGAUAUACCAACUGAGGUUCAACAAAGUUUACUUUCUUUGUUAAACAUUCUUAGUGGUAACAAGGAGGAAAUUAAAGCGAAUUGUAGUUACUGGCAAGAGUACUUUUCUGCUUUAGCAUUUUUGUAUGAUCCUUUGGAUUGUAAAAACCCAGCCCAAGUAUCUAUUUUGUAUCAAAUGUCAACUGCACAAGACUCACAUUUUUAUGGAGACUCUACUUUGGAAUUUGAAAAGCUUUGCGUUGCAUUGUGCAACAAUCAACCAUUGGAUGCUAUUCAACAUUCUUACAUGUUGGAUGUCGGUUUCGCUGUUCACUUGGCUGAUUUUUUACAUAAAACCGGAUAUAUUAAGGAAUAUUUCACAGAAGAGCUCCCCGUGACCCUCCGCGAACAUCUCUUACUUGAAUACGGUGAAACUAUCUUGGAAACAAAGGGUAUUUGGCAGGUUGCUUUCGCCUACUGGAAGCAUGUUCCGGGUUACGGACAUCAGCGCAUAAAAUCCUUAAUUUCCAGAGUCCCGUUACAUAAUAUUGUUGAAAAAGAUGAAGCUUUAACUAUAUGCCAUGAAUUGGAUCUACAGGUAGAAGCACAAAGCGUUAUGUCUCAUUGGGCAACGAACCUAAUUGCAGAGGGUGCUUAUGGUGAAGCAUUGAUUAUAUUAGACAAGGCUUGUGAUUAUACUACAAUGAACAGAGUAACUUGGGAAAUUUUUAAUCUCUGUCUCGAAAACCAAAAUCCAAUAGAUGCUGCAGAAGACGAGACUUUAUAUGAUUUGCUGAGCUCUCCUCGCAUAUGUGCUUCAACAUUGGCUUCUAUUCUUUCUCCUGCCGCUGCUAUUCAUCAAUACUUUCUUUGUAAAGAAAGCGAAGAUUCUCGUCAAGCAGGUGAAUUGCUUAUCGGGGUAUUAAAAAUGAUUAAUUCUCCUAAUUUUUAUCAAGAAAAACUCUUGAAGGAGUUGCUUGAAUUUACUAGAAAUACAAAGAAUCAUCAAACGAUUUCUUUGGCAAGCGCAUUUGACUGCAUUGCUUGCUUGGAAGACCAUGAAAGGAAUAUAUCGGACUCUAAGCUUGUCAGGGAUAUCCGAAUUCAAUUAGCUUCCAUUGUUUCAUGGAACUUUUUGAACGCUGUAAAAUAA